GAGGUGAAGCAGAUUGAAAAACUUACGUUUGAGUUUCAAAAUUAUUGGCAAAUCAUGCAUAAGCGAUUGGGACUAUGUCUGAUGAUGGUUUCAUUCGCUCUAUCUGCGCCGCCCCCACGAAUAAAUGGAAUCACUUCGAGCGGCGGGCCAGAAAGUACCGCCACCAUAAUCAACCAGGACCAGCAGUUGAACCCGGAUGGAUCUUACAGCUUCAUCUACGAGACGAGCAACGGGAUCAAAGCAUCCGAAAGCAGUCCUGAUGGAGCAAGCGCCACGGGAGAGUUUUCCUACACCGCCCCAGAGGGAGAGAAAAUCCAGCUGACUUAUGCGGCUGACCAGGGAGGAUUCCAGCCACAGGGAGCUCAUCUUCCCGUGGAGCCCCCGGUGCCGGAUCACGUCAUUAAGGGCCUGGAAGUCAUCAAAGCCAAUCCUCCAAAAGAUCCCGACUAUAAUCCGGCCUUCCUCGACGCCGUCAUUGCCAGACUGAAGGCCCUCCAGGGCUGA